AUGAUGGCGGCCAUCGGGCCGGCGCUGGCGGCGGGGGCGGCCGAGGCGUGGCGGAUGAGGAGCCAGAAGGGGCGGUGGGUGGAGAAGGCGCCGAGGGUGGCGACGGCGGCUGCGGGCGCGGCGGCCAUCGCUGCUUUCAAGAAUGGCGGGGAUGACGGGGGACGGGAUGAUCGCCGGAGCCGGGAUCGGUAUGACGAUCGGUAUGAUGACCGGUAUGAUGACCGCAGGGGGAGGAAGGAGGAAGAGGAUUCGGGGUUCAGCAAGGGGGCCAUGUUAAAGAGCAUGGUGGGCGGCUUGAUCAUGAACCGAUUCGCGCAUGGCUCGAGGAAGUGA